AAGUCCCCGCGCCCGAGGGGCAGGGCGUGGCGUCCGCCCGCUGAGAGCUGGAGGCGGCCACACGGACGCCGCGCGCUACGUCGCCGUCGCUUCCGCGUCGCUGACUUCCGGCCGCCAUCUUUCUCCCGUGGAGGCGCCGCGGCGGGGAAGGAGACGGAGCCGGAGCGUCGCGACGGAGCGGCCGCCGCCAUGCCGUCGUCGCCGCUGCGGGUGGCGGUGGUGUGCUCGAGCAACCAGAACCGGAGCAUGGAGGCGCACAACAUUCUCAGCAAACGAGGGUUCAGUGUCCGGUCCUUUGGAACAGGGACUCACGUGAAGCUUCCAGGACCAGCACCCGACAAGCCGAAUGUCUAUGAUUUCAAAACCACAUACGACCAGAUGUACAAUGACCUUCUCAGGAAGGACAAGGAACUCUACACACAGAAUGGCAUUUUGCACAUGUUGGACAGAAAUAAGAGAAUCAAGCCCCGACCAGAGAGGUUCCAGAACUGCAAAGAUCUGUUUGAUCUGAUCCUCACUUGUGAAGAGAGAGUCUACGACCAGGUGGUGGAAGAUCUGAAUUCCAGAGAACAGGAGACCUGCCAGCCAGUGCAUGUGGUCAACGUGGACAUCCAAGACAACCACGAAGAGGCCACCCUGGGGGCUUUCCUCAUCUGCGAGCUCUGCCAGUGUAUCCAGCACACCGAGGACAUGGAGAACGAGAUUGAGGAGCUGCUGCAGGAGUUCGAGGAGAAGAGCGGCAGGACCUUCCUGCACACGGUGUGCUUCUACUGACGCGCCCAGCGGGCCGCACUGCUGCUGACACCUCUGCUGUCGCCCAGUGGGCGCCAUCCUGAGCCUCCUUUUGUUCAUAGUUUUCGUUCUGAUAACUUGUUUUUACUUUUAGGUAUUCUGCCGUGUAACACUGGUAGUGUUGCCAGUAAACUGUACAUGUGAAAUGAGAAGACACAUGUCAAUGCCAUAUUACAAACAGUCAGGCUUUUCCAUCCCACUUUUAUUUAUGAGUGGGAUAUUGAUUAUAAAGGUUUUUUCUGUAACCAAAAAAAAAAAACAAAAAAAAACGGUUUAUCGUGCAUUUCCCUGGACACACCCGUGUCCUCACCUGUGCCUGUCGUCCCUCCCCCACCCGGCCGGACUGUUCAGAUGCCGAGGGAAGCAACAGGCUGUAUCUUACCAGGAAGCAACCUGGCACUGUCCAAUAAACAGACGCUGCUGGUCA